AUGUACUUCGUGGCGGUGGCGCUGUCCUUCGCGCUCUGUACCUGCCUCUUCAUGCUGUCCAUCUACACGGGUGGCAUGGUGGAGCAGAGCUGCUCCAGGGUAUCUUUCUUCCACCACCUGGCCGCAGCCUGUCUGGGGCUCUGGGCGCACUGGUGCUACCAAGACGAGCUGAGCCAGGCAGCCUUUGGUGCCAACGACCAGUUUCCCGUGGCCGUCCUCCUUCAGCACUUCAACCUCGGCUACUUUCUCUAUGACGUGGUGCAUGUGGCCGUGUGGGAUCAGAAGUUUAUGGAGCACCACCUCAUCGCCAUUGCUGGCUAUGCGACCAGCGAGAUUGCCAAUGUCUUUGGCCUGGCGAAUGCGGUGAACACCUGGAUUACCGAGGUUGGCUCGGUCAUGUACUCUGCCUAUCUCAUCAAGAGGACCGAUGGGCUCUACCUGGCCUUUGUGCUGCUCUACACUGCCUCCAGAGCCUACUUUGCAUACUGGAGCUUCUACAUCCUUGGCCAGGUGUGGCAGGUGCUGCGUGAUGGCCCUGGCGACUUCACGAUGCCAGGAUGGGCGCCCUACUGCGCCGCAUCCUUGCAGAUCGCCUUGUUCUUGGUGAACGUCUCCUUCGUAGUCACCCAUUGGCAGAAGCUCCUUCGCAGGCAAUCCAAGACGGAGCUUGCCAAGGAGGAGUGA